UGCUUGGCGACCUCAUCACCCACCCUCCUUUAUUUGUACCUUCCAGAUCACCCAUCGUCUCAUUCGCCGCCCGAACAUACACGCCAAAGGUGUUUAAUUUUCUCGGAUCGCGCAUUUCCAGACCUUCAAAUCUUGCUCGCCGACAGUAAACCCGUGCAGCUGUAGCGAUGGGUGGAACUUGUCGACUGGCGCUGCUGACGGCGCUGGGAUUUGCUCUGGCAUUCAUUCAAGGUUCGCCGCAUGUGGCUGGUCAGAGUUUGGCAGUUGUCAACUGUACAGGUGUAAAUGUGACUGAGCUGGGCAAUGCGCUGUUGGGCGUAAAUAUCACCGCUGCACAGCUGGAAAAUUUCACAGCAGAAGAGUUCGCCUGCUUGAACGAUUCUACACUGUCCCUUAUCCCGGCCGACCAGCUCGCUCAGCUCUACAUGUCAAAGUUUCUAAACAGCACUAUUGUCAGUCGAUCGGUGACGCUCAACUUGAGAAAUCUCACCCUGCUGGGCAACGUUCUGGAUGGGAUCAACAAGACAAUUUCAGCCGACGUGAGGACGGUCAUGAUGACCACCAUCUGGGACACCCUGAAGCCGUCUCUUGCGACUUUGUCGGAUGCCGAGGGAACAAAGUGGUUUCAAACGCGACUCGUCCCUUUUCUCCCGUCCAUCACCGCGGUGGAGAUAGCAGACAUCCCCAUCAACGUGUCCUGCGUCAACUUCAUCACAAUGUCACAGAGUCUGAGUGGAGUUUAUGGAACUAUAAGUAAAGAUAUCCAACUUGCUGCACUGAAUAAAAUCAACAAUUUCCUUGUCGCAGAUGUGACAAUGAUGAACAAGAACUGCACACAGAACAUCAACAGCUCCACGCUGCUCAACACAUAUUUUGGAAAAUUCAGUGCCCUUGCCAAUUAUUCUGACUUUGAAGUUUCCCCAGCUUUUAAAGGCGCUGAAGUCCUGAACCUUCUUACCCCUGCACAACUGGCGGACUACGCUGCCAAGCCCAACGUGCAGAAUAACGCUACCCUGCUGUCAGCGAUCUUCCUCAACAUCAACGGCAUCGACAACAUGGCAACAUUCGUGGAUCGCUUUGACGUUGUGGCAAACAAGUCGUUUGAGGCCCCUGCCAGGGCCGUGGUGAUGGCCGGCGUGUGGACAAAGCUGGGGCCUUCGCUGGCCGCUAUGCCCGACGCGGAUGUGUCCACGUGGUUCAAUCAAAGGCUGUCCCCCCUCAUACUGCCGGGCAUCACUGCUGAGAUGGUGGCCAAUAUUACCACGGGACUCAACUGCACUGCGUUUGUGAGCAUCUCGCAGAGUCUGAGUGGAGUUUAUGGAACUAUAAGUAAAGAUAUCCAACUUGCUGCACUGAAUAAAAUCAACAAUUUCCUUGUCGCAGAUGUGACAAUGAUGAACAAGAACUGCACACAGAACAUCAACAGCUCCACGCUGCUCAACACAUAUUUUGGAAAAUUCAGUGCCCUUGCCAAUUAUUCUGACUUUGAAGUUUUCCCAGCUUUUAAAGGCGCUGAAGUCCUGAACCUUCUUUCCCCUGCACAACUGGCGGAAUACGCUGCCAAGCCCAACGUGCAGAAUAACGUUACCCUGCUGUCAGCGAUCUUCCCCAACAUCAACAGCAUCGACAACAUGGCAACAUUCGUGGAUCGCUUUGACGUUGUGGCAAACAAGUCGUUUGAGGCCCCUGCCCAGGCCGCGGUGAUGGCCGGCGUGUGGACAAAGCUGGGGCCUUCGCUGGCCGCUAUGCCCGACGCGGAUGUGUCCACGUGGUUCAAUCAAAGGCUGUCCCCUCUCAUCCUGCCGGGCAUCACUGCUGAGAUGGUGGCCAAUAUUACCACGGGACUCAACUGCACUGCGUUUGCGAGCAUCUCGCAGAGUCUGAGUGGAGUUUAUGGAACUAUAAGUAAAGAUAUCCAACUUGCUGCACUGAAUAAAAUCAACAAUUUCCUUGUCGCAGAUGUGACAAUGAUGAACAAGAACUGCACACAGAACAUCAACAGCUCCACGCUGCUCAACACAUAUUUUGGAAAAUUCAGUGCCCUUGCCAAUUAUUCUGACUUUGAAGUUUUCCCAGCUUUUAAAGGCGCUGAAGUCCUGAACCUUCUUUCCCCUGCACAACUGGCGGACUACGCUGCCAAGCCCAACGUGCAGAAUAACGCUACCCUGCUGUCAGCGAUCUUCCCCAACAUUAACGGCAUCGACAACAUGGCAACAUUCGUGGAUCGCUUUGACGUUGUGGCAAACAAGUCGUUUGAGGCCCCUGCCAGGGCCGUGGUGAUGGCCGGUGUGUGGACAAAGCUGGGGCCUUCGCUGUCCGCUAUGCCUGACGCCGAUGUGUCCACGUGGUUCAAUCAAAGGCUGUCCCCUCUCAUCCUGCCGGGCAUCACCGCUGGCAUGGUGGGCAACAUUUCCACGGGACUCAACUGCACUGCGUUUACAAGCAUCUCGCAGAGUCUGAGUGGAGUUUAUGGAACUAUAAGUAAAGAUACCCAACUUGCUGCACUGAAUAAAAUCAACAAUUUCCUUGUCGCAGAUGUGACAAUGAUGAACAAGAACUGCACACAGAACAUCAACAGCUCCACGCUGCUCAACACAUAUUUUGGAAAAUUCAGUGCCCUUGCCAAUUAUUCUGACUUUGAAGUUUUCCCAGCUUUUAAAGGCGCUGAAGUCCUGAACCUUCUUUCCCCUGCACAACUGGCGGACUACGCUGCCAAGCCCAACGUGCAGAAUAACGUUACUCUGCUGUCAGCGAUCUUCCCCAACAUCAACAGUAUCGAUAACAUGGCAACAUUCGUGGAUCGCUUUGACGUUGUGGCAAACAAGUCGUUUGAGGCCCCUGCCAGGGCCGUGGUGAUGGCCAGUGUGUGGACAAAGCUGGGGCCUUCGCUGGCCGCUAUGCCCGACGCGGAUGUGUCCACGUGGUUCAAUCAAAGGCUGUCCCCCCUCAUCCUUCCGGGCAUCACUGCUGAGAUGGUGGCCAAUAUUACCACGGGACUCAACUGCACUGCGUUUGCGAGCAUCUCUCAGAGUCUGAGUGGAGUUUAUGGAACUAUAAGUAAAGAUAUCCAACUUGCUGCACUGAAUAAAAUCAACAAUUUCCUUGUCGCAGAUGUGACAAUGAUGAACAAGAACUGCACACAGAACAUCAACAGCUCCACGCUGCUCAACACAUAUUUUGGAAAAUUCAGUGCCCUUGCCAAUUAUUCUGACUUUGAAGUUUUCCCAGCUUUUAAAGGCGCUGAAGUCCUGAACCUUCUUUCCCCUGCACAACUGGCGGACUACGCUGCCAAGCCCAACGUGCAGAAUAACGCUACCCUGCUGUCGGCGAUCUUCCCCAACAUCAACGGCAUCGACAACAUGGCAACAUUCGUGGAUCGCUUUAACGUUGUGGCAAACAAGUCGUUUGAGGCCCCUGCCCAGGCCGCGGUGAUGGCCGGCGUGUGGACAAAGCUGGGGCCUUCACUGGCCGCUAUGCCCGACGCGGAUGUGUCCACGUGGUUCAAUCAAAGGCUGUCUCCUCUCAUCCUGCCGGGCAUCACUCCUGACAUUUUGGCCACCUUUCCCACGCAGUUCAACUGCACCGUGUUCGCGAGCAUUGUUGGAAGUCUGGAUAGUGUCUCGAUCUCCAACGAGUCAAAGGUCUCAACGUACAAAUGGAUAAUCAAAUAUUUGUCAUCGAAUGGCUCCAGCCACAGGUGUUUCACCCCUGGGAACACGACCACCCAGUGGCUGGAUUCCUCCCUGCGUGGCUUCAAGAGCAACCUCAUUCUACCCGACUUCCUGUCCAUCCUGAACAACAACGCAAGCAUCGUGCCUGCUAAUGAGCUGCUUGCCCUGCUCAACGUGACGACGUUUUCCAACUACUCGGGCGCGAUGACGCAGCUGUUUGACAACUACUCUCCAAUCGACGUGCUGCUCGAGGCUUACAACAAGAACUUCUCGACCUCGUACAACUCACUCAACGGCGCGGUGAAGAGCGCGGUGGUGACCUCGGCGUUCGGCAGGUUUGGGAAAGAGCUCAAACUCAGCCCCAACAACGUGACGUCCACAAGGUGGUUCUCGACGUACAUGCCCAUGUUCCUGCCGGAUGUGAACAAAGACGCGCUGGCUUUGGUCUCCCUUAGCGACUGCAGCAUCUACGCCUCUGCUGUGGAUCCAUUUAAAAACAUCUACCCCAAAUUGACGUUGGACAAUAGGAUAGCUGUGCAUGAUUGGCUGGUUGCCAAUCUCAACAGUACGAACGCAUCCAGACCGCCGUGCUUCGUGGGAAAGAACAGCUGGCUCACGGACAACCUGCAGCAGUACUUCCUGCUGACGAACAAAGCUGAGCUGGAGAUGCUGGUCACCAAUAACAGUCAGCUGGUGGAGUUCUUAAUCCAUCAGAGCACCCUGGACCAACUCGCAAAUGCAAACAACCUGACCACUGACAUGAUGAAUUACCUGGUGCAGCAAAUGCAUGCGGGAAAGAUAAAUUUGACAAGUGUGCCAAAUCCGCUCCUGUGCUCGUACGUGGUAGCAUACAGCUCUGAACUCACCGCGGACAAUUCGAAUGUGUUGCUGGGAAAUCUCACGGCAUGCGAAGUAUCCUUGCCAAACACAAAGGACAAGGACAAGCUGCACGUGAUAAUUGUGAGCAAAUUAACGAACUAUACGUCGGAUGUGAUCAAGAGCCUGGGGGGCGCCGUCGUUGCAGUUCCAUUCUCUGACAUCGACAAGAAAUUUACAUCCGGCAUGGUCCUGGACACUUUGCCGCAACUCGGAAGUCAGUCGGGCUGGAGUCUGGGACAGACACGCAAACUCCUCAUGAAGCUGGGCGACCAAUAUGCAGUGAACAGUUCCAAAAGCUUGGAAGGCCUGGGGACCCUGGUGUCUGGAGUUUCCAGCGACACCUUCAAAAGAAUGGACGCUGACCAGCUGAAAAACUACAUGAUCAAUUCCAACAUGAGUGUCAACAUCCAGACCUUGCCACCCGGCAUUCAGUCGGUCAUUGUCAGCAAGUUGCUUGUUGACAAAAAUAUGACCAUCGAAUAUAUUAAUCGACUGCCUCCGUCUACUGUGACACAAAUUCCACCCGAAAGCCUGAGAUCUUUGACCAAUAAAAGUCUCAGUAUCUUCUCAAAAGGACAGUGGACUGACAGCCAGGCUGUGAUUCUGUUGGACGAAUUGAAAGAUAAUAAUAUUGCAUCUAUCAUUACGACAGCACCCAACCUGCUGCCAGGGUUUUCGUGUGGACAACUCAAAGCAUCUGAUAACGUGAAGGACUUCCUGAAUACAGUUACCACUGUCAAAGGCCAACUGACCGGAUCCCAGGAGAGUUGCUUGGCCGAAAAACUGUUAAAUACUGCGGAUGAAUCUGUACCUUCGACUGUCCUCAUGUUGCUGCCAGCGUCGCGUCAGAACUUUGGUGUCAAUUGCCAAAAGGUGUUCACCAAAAUGGGCAAGGGCAACAUCAACAAGGUGCCCAUGGACAAGACCAGGACGAAUCUUCUGACCAACGCCCUGUCGUGCCUGCACAUUUCAAAGGAGAAUCUGACUGCAGAUUCAAUCGCUGUCCUCGGGAAUCUGUCAUGCAUGCUGAGCGACAACCAGAUCAAGAACGCUGACAGCAGCAUCUUGAUGCAUCUCAGUCAGUGCAGGGUCUACACAGAUGCUCAGGCCACCAGCAUCCAGGAAAAGCUCAUCGUGUUUUAUAAGAAUUCUUCCACGUGGACAUCUCAGACUCUCACAGAAAUGGGCGACAUGGUCACCACCCUCAACAACACCACGCUCUAUGCCAUCAAUCAAUCCCAGCUGACGCCUCUCAAGGAUUACGUGGCUGCCCUGUCACAGGCCACGUACACGGGUCCUGCUCGACUUAAUUUCUCUCCCAACGUGACGUUGAUCAACCUCAGAUUGGCAGCACUGAUCAACGGCGGCGGCGGCGGCGGUGGCGGUGGACGGAGGAAGCGCGGCGCCCCCGACACAUGCCCCUUAGGUACUCCGCUCACACGAACCAGCAUCGUCGAUCAGGGACCAUUGCUCGUUCUGAUGUCGGCGGCCAAUCUCAAUGCCUGCCUGCCACUCGACGUGUUCAGUCAGAGCAUCGAGGAUCUGGGAAAGGUCAAGUUCCUUCCCGAUCAGCUGGCUGUCUUGAAGGGAAAGCUCAAUACGGCGUUUCCGACGCCAGUUCCCCAGGACGUGCUAUUAAUUUUGGGCACCUUGGCCCUGGGGUUCACUCCUGAUGAACUCAGGCAGCUCAACCUAUCCAGCAUCGAUACAGUUGCCAAGCUGGCCCAGACGCCAGGAUGGAGCACAGACCAGAUCAAGGCAGUGGCAUCAAACUACGAAUCCACGAAUAAUGUGCCCCAACUCACAUCUUCUGACCUCAAGUCCCUGGGAGUGUUUGUGUCCGGGCUCUCAGAUGUGGGGCAGAUUAACAACGAUGCAUACAAGGCUGCGGCAGAGUCUAUCGGAAACGUGGCAACAUACAGUCCAGACCAGCUCACAAAGCUCUGGAGCAAAGCGAAUUCAUCUUUUAGUGGAUUUCCAGCCGGUAGCAUCACACAGAUCGGAUCGGUUGUUGCUGGAGCCUCAGCCGCUGAUAUUAAUAAUUUGGGUGAAUCACAGAUUGGUGAGAUUAAGCCAUUGGCUAUUCCUCUCAUCCCCCUUAGCGUGUUCAAGGGUUUGAAUGUGAUGACGGUGAAUUCGCUUUCGCGAGAUUCCGCAUUGAGCAUAAGCAACAGUCAGUACAACCAGCUCUCCAUCGCUGCACAGGCAGCUCUAGCGCAGAGGCUCGCGUCCUUUGUUGCAUACACGGCGCCAAACGCACCUGGGUCUGGGUACGUGGAGGUACCUUCCCCCCCGGCAGGUGGAGCCCAGAGUUUGUCUGCGACUGCGAUGACGUUGGUGGCUGUGCUGCUGUUGCCGUCCCUCGGUCUGCUGUUGGCUUAAAAAAACCUCGCCAGUAAACGUGCAACGUUGGCCCAACGUUGGCUCGUGGUUGGAACCUUGGGUCCAACGUUGGGCCAACCGUGGGUUAAUGUUGGCCCAAUAGUUCCACUUUUACUGGGUCACUAUUCCGUGCCCCCCUCCCCCCCCCAUGCACACCAACCCCAAUAUUCUCAAAGCACCAAAACCCUCAGCAAUAUCCAUCCAUGUUUUUGUUGUCUUACUCUGUGCCUGUUUCUGUUGUGAUACACAUACCCAUGAGUACGCAUGAGCCAGUGCAUGGCCUAAACAUUCGCAAAAUAUUGUAUCCCACUGUAUCGCAUUAAUACGUGUGCCUUGUAUAAAAAAAAAAAAAAACUCUCCUUGCACUGCGGUGGGGGAUCAUAGCUCAUGAAUAAUGAAAGGGCAUGAAGUGUGCCAGGAAGUGUUUCCACAGAGGUAAAUUAAGUAAUUUCAAGUCCAUGGGUUGUUCACGGUUGUGCUGCUCCACAGCUCACCAACGUGUUUCUGGGUUGCACCGCGCUGUACCGACGUUUCGCUCUCAAAGCACAACAGGUUGUUUUGUGCACAACCCCGAAAAUGCACGGAAGAGCUCGAAUGUUACGCGCAUCGUCUCGCGUGUGACAUCGAGCAAAACGGGAGCAGUUCAACAGGCCUGCAGAUGUGCACCCUCGACGUGGAAGCCAGGCCAGAGUCUGCCUUCAAUAAAAAACAAAUUCUCAACAAACAAAAGAAAGAAACUCGGUGCCCAGGACCAAUAGUCAGGUGGACAUAUUAUUUAAUUUUGCUUGGAGAGAUGUACUCCCUGUCCGGUCAUUAUUUGUGCUUCGAGAGUACAACUUGCAUACAUAAGCGCCCUAAUGGUUAUAAAGUAGUAAUGGAAAUUUGCAUCUUCAAAAUAUUAAAUCAUAGCUGUUAAAAAACCCACUUUGAUUGUAUUUUGGGAACUCAUGCAAUUUAUCAAAUGUAAAUAGAGGUAUGGUACAUAUAUUUUUUCGUAAUUUUAAACUUAUGACAUUAAAUUCACGUGUUUGCAAAUAAAUCAUUAUCACGAAUCACUAUUCCACCUAAUUUUUUUUAUUUUGAUGUGAACUUAAGUGCGUGUGAUCAUGUAAACACACGUGUGUGUCAGUGUGCAUCUGCCCAUCAUCUCAGGCAGUUAACUCAUAACACCUGGGUCUAUCCCGUAACCUCCUGCUGAGUAGUGAGCCUUAGACACUUCACGUAGCCACAAAAUGCACCUAGCCUGGCACAAGAGCCGUGGUGACAUAACCUUGUAAAAUAAAACCUUUUUUUCUGUUUACUUGGUAGUGAAUGGGGGUUGUUAUUGUUGCUGGGCAUACAUUAUUACUGGAACUGCACUACGAUUCCAGCGAUGCAGGGGUUCAACUCCCAGUUCACAUCUUUUUUUUUUACCAGUAGCAACUGGUAUGUGAACCUGGCCUGAACCUCCCUUCGGUUAUCUUUGCCCAAGACACUCCCCCAAUUUCAGCCAAUAGGAGUUGGACGUUAUCAUGGGCUGAGUGUAGAAUAUACGCGCGAAAGGCCACGAUCUCAAGUUGAAAAGCAAAGCAUGCGUUGGUUACGUUUUUGGUGCUGUGUAAACACCUUAUUGUUUUCAGUCUGUGAAAAAAAAAAUUCUUGCUAAUCUGUGUCAUUGGCUCAAGGUGAGUUUGUUGAUGCAAACACUGGGGGGACAAAGGGAGAUUGGCAGCACGCUGGCCAGAAAAAAAAAA